AUUCAAAUCUCUCUCUUUUCUCUCACACACACUAACAUAUUUCCUGUUCGCUUCUAGGGGGAUCCCAGGCUGAAACUCUGACAAGUUAUUCCCUUUUGUCCCCUCCGCGAACAGGAAAUAUCCAAAAAAUGGAACAGAACGAGACGGGAUGCCAAACCCCUCAAGCUACGAUCCUCUGUGUCAACAACUGUGGAUUCUUCGGCACACCAGCAACACUAAACAUGUGCUCCAAGUGCUAUAAAGACGUCGUUUUGAAGCAAGAGCGAGCCGAAUUCGCAGCUUCGUCUUUCCAAAGCAUCAUUAAUGGCAGCUCCAAAAAUGGAGCCAAAGUUUCAGAUGCUGCUACCGCUGUUAUAGCGGAAGCAAACGCCAUCUCAUCUGAUUCCAUGGAAGCUUCUAGAAGAACAUCUUCCGAAUCACCAGCGAUUGGUGGAAGCGACGAAGCUAAUAAACAAGGCCCGAAAAGGUGUGGGGCCUGCAAUAAGCGUGUCGGUUUGACGGGCUUCAAUUGUCGAUGCGGCAGUAUGUUUUGUGGGGUCCACCGUUACUCAGACAAACAUGACUGCCCCUUCGAUUACCAUGCUGCUGGCCAGCAAGCUAUAGCCAAAGCCAACCCUGUUGUGAAAGCAGAGAAACUCGACAAGAUUUAAAGAAUUGCAAGUAAGCAAAAUCUUGAAAUCUCCGUGUUUUUUUCUUCUCAUCUAUUCGACAUGGGUUUGAAUUGGUGUUGUGCUACUCUGGUUGAAGAUGAUGUACUAAGCAAGCAGUCGAAGUGGACUUGGGAAAUGAAACUUAGGUAUUCGAUUGUUUUAAUUAAACGAGAGAAUGUGUUUUGGCCCUAUGGUCUAGUGCUUGUUUGUUUGAUUGAUGGCUAUUUAUGGAUUGUCGUUUCGCAUUAGACUUUCUUGUGGCGCAUUUGAUCGACUAAUAAUUUUAGUGGUUUCUUCAUGAAAUCAAGCACUUGGUGUUACUACAAAAAUAAAAUCGAUUAUCCGG